CACUCAUUACCACUUGGACUCAAUCAGUCGGUUAGACCAAUCUUUUCCAUUUGAUGAUGUGAUUAUUUCAUUAUAAUCCAUAUCAUGACACAAAAACAUCAAAACGAAAGUAAACGAAAUGAUGAAACUUUCAACGGCUUCUCAAGUCUUUCUAGUCUUCUUACUUUUAUUCAACAUUUGCGCCAUUAAACUCGUCGCAACAGCUCAAUCAGACUUCCGGUUUCAAUCCAUUGACGGCGAUGAAUAUGCUAAUAAUUUUGACCCAAUGCAGAUUGAUGAUAAUGAUUUCGAUAACAAGAACAACAAUGAGCAAUGCAAAGCCUGGCUUGUUCAAUCCAUUCCCACAGACAUGCCCCAGCUUCCUCGGGUUCCCGGGGUUCUCUCCACUGCGGAUGUUUUUCGGUGGUUGGCUGGGAACUCUUCAAAAAGUCUGGAUAUAAUUGCACAGUACUGGCAAUUGGUAGCGCACCCUAAUGAUCCCCGCUCUGGAGAUUAUGGUUACUCAGAAGACGAGAUGCAGAAGUUUGGAGCUAAUGAGGGCUUUGAAGUGUAUAGAGCAUUAGAAGAUGCUGCUGACAGAAAUAUUACAAUUAGAUUUUUACAGCACUCUGGAGUUUAUCCUGAUUUUACGGAGGAACCAUCCAAACUCGCAUCAGGAAGGCCAAAUGUCAAGAAUGUGACUUUAUUACUUGGUGACUGGUGGGGAUCAGGCAUAGUUCAUGCAAAGGUUUGGAUCUCUGAUGAUCAAGAUGUUUAUAUUGGAUCUGCAAAUAAUGACUGGAAAUCUCUUACUCAGGUGAAGGAACUAGGAAUUUAUCUUGUUGGUUGUCCAGCUAUUGCGAGAAAAGUAACGAUGUAUUUUUCCAACCUUUGGAAGCUUGCCCAUCUGAACUCUUCAUCGUGCACUAAAUUUGCAUUUGAUGAACUAUGGCAAGUUACGCGAAAGGUUCCUUGUUGGUCACAUUUUCAUCAUCCAAAAGAACGGUGCAGAACACCCCUUCAAGACACUGUGAAGACACCUCAUGUAGCCGGCUAUCCCCCACUAUCAGACCCUUCUAUUUUCCAUGUAUCAAUUGAAACACCUGCAUUUCCUGAUUCAGCAUUGGAGCCUGAGUCUAGCUAUCUAUCCUUUGCUCCUCCUGAGCUAUCGUUUGGCAAGUGUCUGACUGAUGAACAGGCCUGGGUGGAUACUAUCAAAUCUGUAGGAGAACAUUCAACUCUUAGAAUUAGUACAAUGGAUUGGCUCGGUCAGUCACAGUACACAACAGAAAAAAUCUAUUGGUCUUCCCUUUCUUCUGCUGUUUCUGAGGUAAUUUCCUACUAUUUCAUUACAAAUUUUUCCGGAUUUGUUGAUGCAAGUUGAAGUUGCAGCUUAUAGUUUAACAAGCUCGCCAAUGGUAAUUUCAACUUCUACUAUUUAUUUCCUUUGUGCUGGAAUUUCAUUUGUUAUUUGAAUCUUGACCAUAGUUGCAGGCAUAUAUGUUUAAGGAAAUCCUGUUGCAACAAUAAAGUACAGAUGUUACUUGAUUAUCUGAUGCUUAUUUGCAAUAUAAGAAAAAUAGAAAAAGAUGUCUGAUUCUGUAGCAGAUUGUUGGGAGCAAUAAGUGCAGUUUGUUAACCCCAAUUUGUGUAGACUUGAAAAAAGUAUGCCAAGCCCUCUAUUCUCAGAAGACAUGAACAACUUUGAUAUGUUCAUAGGCAGAAUAGUUUCACGAACUGCAUCUGGUUGAAGCAUUCUUUGGAUGAUCAUCAUAUCUGAUCUUUGCGUCUUUGCUAUGUAGGCUGUCUUUUCCAAGCAUGCAAAUGUUAAGAUACUGGUUGCAUACUGGGCACAUUUUAUAAACAACACAGAUGAGUACUUGAAGUCUCUGCUGUAUACCAACAAUUUAUGCUCCUCUUCAAGGUAUAACAAAUGUUCAGGCAAAGUUGAGAUCAAAUACUACAUCGUGCCAGGGUAUAAACUAACUGGACCAGCGAUAAAAAAUGGUUCUGCCACCGGAAAUCUUUAUCCAGGGUAUACAAGGGUCAACCAUGGAAAAUAUGCAGUUAGUGAUGUAAGAGCUCACAUUGGGACCAGUAACCUGGUGUGGGACUACUUUUAUACUACCGCCGGGGUCAGCUUUGGAACAUAUAACCCCGCCAUUGUUUCACAGCUUCAAGCAAUAUUUGAUGCUGAUUGGAAUUCACCAUAUGCUGUGCCUGUUGAACCACUGGAAGGAGGAGGACGUUCAUGGCAAAGUUGAUGGUGCUCUGUUGUAAAGAAUUGCUCGGAAAAUGAUUGCUCUUGUUAAGUUCUUCAAGGAUGCAAUGUUGAUGCUGAAAAGUUCUUUGUUCAAUCUCUUACAUAGCCCUUUGGAAUGAUCACAAUGGUAGGUUAAUUACUUGACAUUGUGUUCUCUUACAGAUUUCGAUUCUCAUAUUGGUCUUUCAUAGCUUUAGGGCAAAUCUUUCACUCAUUGAUCAUUAUCGAUAAACUUAGUCCAAGACUCUUGCACUCCAUAAUCCUUCUUGAUACCCAAUAAAUUAAUGACUUAAUCGUCAAAUGAUGCAAAAAAGCAAGCAAGAGAUCCUUCAAGAACAGUGAGGUUAGCGACACUCAGAUCAACAUCUCUCUAGGAGGCGGUUACUUUUCAUGAGCCAAGUCGAAACAAAUUGUAGCUAAAGUAUAACCUGCAGUUUUAGUGACUUUAGCCAACCAAUGUAACCAUGCCAAUCUCUUAGUUCUUACACUGUAAACAUUCCCAAACGUUUCAACAUAAUCCAGCUCAAUCACUUCAUCCAUCUGCGGAAGUGUGAGAAUUUUGUAAUCACCAUUGCUAUCCACACUGUUUGGGG